GGGAGAUAUGGCCCGUUAUCUACCGGGGCCGCCCAACGGGGGAAGAGUUCGACAAUCAGAGAGACAUAAAUAAACAGGAAGGAACAUCCCCGACAUCUUUAUCAUUUGUAACCUCGGCAUGAGGCGAAACAUAGCUGACCGUAAGAACAGUGCCUGUACACAGACUGACCUCCUCGACGUUUCCAUUUGGGUCACAACCCAGAGGAGGGGGUCCGCGGAUUUAAUUGCUUCAGCCGUCUCCCCCAAAGGCGUUAAGAAGGAAUGGCACACCAGUCUGAAGGAAAUCGGCAUCUUCUGGGGAGGGUCAUUGAUCAUGCAGACAGUGAUCGGUCCUGGAAUUUUUACGUCCCCUAAGAACGUGAUAUCUGGAUCGGGUUCUGUUGGACUCACCUUCAUUAUUUGGGCUCUGUGUGGUGUUUUCUCCACUUGUGCUGCCCUAUGCUUUUCCGAGCUACAGAUAUUUGUAAGGAGGGCUGGGUGUGAAUAUGGAUACAUACACAAAGCCUUCGGACCUCUCCCCGCCUUCAUCUACACGUGGAUGCGAAUUGGCGCGGCAGAGCCAUGCACGACAGCAGUUUUUGCAAAAGCGUUUGCUAGCUAUAUCUCAGAUUCCAUCAAUGAUGGCUGCGGCCCUCCUGACAUUUUCCACAAGUUAUUGGCUACCCUCGCAAUACUAACCCUGUCCAUUGUUAAUGCAUACAAUGUCCAGCUGGCAAGACAGAUGAUAUCAGUAUCCAACCUUGCUAAAGUAAUCACCAUUGGUACCAUCAUUGCCUGUGGAAUCUAUAACAUUUCCUCUGGGAAGACUGGAAUCCUUAAUGAAGGCUUUGAUGACACGGAAAUAUCCCACAGUCACGUGAUUUUCGCUGUCUACAACUCUAUGUGGGCCUAUGGAGGAUGGUCAAAUGUCCCUUCUGUCACAGCAGGGGUCAGAAAACCACCCAAAAACCUUCCUCGUCUCGUAAAGAUCAUUAUACCCACAGUCAUGAUUAUCUACCUGUCUACAGUGACGUCAUAUUUCACAGUCCUGACACGAGAAGAAAUGAGGGGCCAUAUAUGGUUUGGAGUAAUUUGGGGACGGAGAGUGCUGGGAGAAGCAGGAUUUCUUAUUCCUGUCGGGGUAGCGUUCGUGGCCCUCGGGAACGCUAAUAACACAAUCAUUGCAUCAGGAAGGUUGUCAUCAGUAUCUGCUGAGGAUGGAUACGUGCCAGAAUUCUUAACUUACAGACACGUUAGGACGAAGAGCCAUAUUCCUGCUAUUGUGUUAAGGGCGAUAGCAGCUACUGUCAUGGCUACAUGUUUCAGCUCCCAACUGAUGGUCCGAUUUUGGAUCUUUACUGUCUGGUUGUUCCAUGGACUGGCCAUAUUUGGUCUGAUUGUUAUGAGAAUACGAAAACCUCACCUCCCACGUCCCUAUAAAGUAAACAUACUUAUCCCUAUCUUUGCGACGCUGGGUGCUUGCUACCUGGUUAUUGCCCCUUUGACUGUUUUUCCGCUAGAGGGCGAAUUCAUCUUCACUCUUGCCGUGGCUGGGUCAGCUGUAAUCUUUUAUGUGCCUCUGGUCAGAUGGAAUUGGAACAGCAAAAUAACAGAUUUCUUCACUGUCUUCUUUCAAUUGUUCAUGGAGAUUGUCCCGGAGAAACGCUUCCAAAAGCGAAAGAGACAGAAGAAAUCACGACGACCAGCCUCCGUGGCUCCCAUGACGACAUUAGAACCGAUUGAAGAGAUACACGACCUAGAUGACAUCACUUCCAUGGGAAGAAUAGAUCGCCAAUAUUCACAGGACGCGUGUUCCGUGGACUUCUCAGAUAUUUUCACUGUUGCUACGUACGAUACUAUGGGCUCCAUUGACGAUCUAGAAUCUAUGGAUGGCACGAUUGAUGACACGGUGUCAAAUGUCAGUAGUUCGCCCUCUAGCGACCAAAACUCUCAGCCGCCGGGGUAUGAGGAAUCCGUCGACUUCGUCACGAGGCUUUGAUGGGCUUGUUAUACCUGCUCAUUGUUAGAUGGGCGAUUCCUUUGGUUCACAUGAAAUGUAGAGGAAGGGAAGUAAAACAUGACAAUGGAGCUAGAUCUAUUAAGGAUUUGCAGUGAAAGGGAUGCGUUUAGACGAGAGUAAAUCUUUGAAUCAGCAGCAGUUAUAGAACUCUAGACAACGAGCAUUCUUUCCUGAUUUCCCAUCGCUGUUGUCACGUUCAGAUUUCCAAACAGGGUAACGUUUUCACCAGGGCAGUUUACAAUGGUAUUAUCUGUGAUACUAUAUUGUUGUUUGUUAAGAUUAAUAUAUAUUAUUGAAAAUAUAUGUUUAUUUAUAUAAAAUUGUUAUUGUAUUGUUUGAAUAAAGCGAAAAAAUUUC